AUGGCAUUAGAGGCGAAAGGCGAGGGUCCAGCUAUCGGCAUCGAUCUCGGAACAACUUACUCUUGCGUUGGCGUUUGGCAACACGAUCGCGUUGAGAUCAUAGCCAAUGAUCAGGGCAACAGAACGACACCAUCGUAUGUUGCUUUUACCAAUAUUGGCCGUUUGAUCGGUGAUGCUGCAAAGAACCAAGCCACCAUCAACCCUACCAAUAGUGUUUUUGAUGCAAAGCGAUUGAUUGGCAGGAAAUUUAGUGAUGCAUGUGUUAAGAGUGAUAUGAAAUUAUGGCCUUUCAAGAUUCGUGGGGUGGGUGACAAGCCUAUGAUUGUGAUCAACAACAAGAAUGAAAAGAAACAAUUUGCUGCUGAGGAGAUAUCUUCAAUGGUUCUCAAUAACAUGCGCGAAAUUGCAGAGGCCUAUCUUGGACUAACAAUAAAGAAUGUUGUUAUAACUGUACCAGCAUACUUCAAUGACUUUCAGCGACAGGCUACAAAAGAUGCUGGGGUAAUUGCAGGCAUGAAUGUGAUGCGUAUUCUUAAUGAGCCAACAGCCGCAGCUAUUGCAUAUGGUCUUGACAAAAAGGCCACGACUAUUGGUGGUAAAAAUGUUCUCAUUUUCGAUCUUGGUGGUGGUACUUUUGAUGUUUCCCUUCUUAAAAUUGAAGAUGAGAUUUUUGAGGUAAAAGCUACUGCUGGAGAUACACAUCUUGGUGGUGAAGAUUUUGACAAUAGAAUGGUGCACCAUUUUGUUCAAGAGUUCGAGAAGAAACACUGGAAGGACAUUAGCAAUGACCCCAAAGCACUGAGAAGAUUGAGAACAUCUUGUGAGAGAGCGAAAAGGACUCUUUCUUCAACUGCUGAAACCACCAUUGAGAUUGAUUCUUUAUUCGAGGGUAUCGACUUCCACUCUAAAAUAACAAGAGCAAAAUUUGAAGAGCUCAACAUGGAUCUCUUUAGAAAAUGUAUGGAGACUGUGGAAAAUUGUGUGAGGGAUGCUAAAAUUGAUAGGGAAAUUGUUGAUGAUAUUGUUCUUGUUGGUGGAUCUACUAGAAUUCCCAAGGUACAACAGCUAUUGCAAGAUCUCUUUAAUGGUAAGGAGCUUUGCAAGAGCAUCAAUCCUGAUGAAGCAGUUGCAUAUGGUGCUGCCGUACAAGCUGCAGUUUUGCGUGGUGGAGUUGAGAAAGUGCAGGACUUACUCUUGUUAGAUGUAACUCCACUUUCCCUUGGUCGUAUGCUUCAUACAGGAGAGUUUGAUGUUUUUAUCCCAAGAAACACUACCAUUCCCACCAAAAAAAUUAAAAUGGCCACAACUAUCGUACAAAACCAAAUCGGUUUGAUAGUUGAUGUGUAUGAAGGCGAAGAAACAAGAGCCGAGAAAAACAAAUCGUUGGGGCAAUUUGUGCUCGAAGGAAUCCCUCCUGGUCCAAAAGGAAAACCUCAAAUCACAAUUUGCUUCGAGAUCGAUGCCAAUGGAACUUUGAUUGUCUCCGCUGAGGAAAAACGACUUCAUCUUAAGAAGAAGGUUACAAUCUCCAAUUAUAGAGGCGGGUUAUCUGAAGUGGAAAUUGAGAAGAUGAUCAAGGAAGCAGAGAAGUACAAGUUAGAGGGCCAGGAAUAUAACGAGAAAGUGAAGGCUAAGUCUGCAUUAGAGAAUUACUCAUUUGACAGUUAUGCAUGA